AUGUUUUUUCCCUCUCAUACCUUCUCCAAUUCAUCUCCCCUAAGAUGGGUUUCUUGGAAUCCACUGGACCAUGGCUAUUAUAAGGUCAAUGUCAAUGGCGCAAGUAAGGGCAACCCUGGGCCUUCAGCCAUUGGAGGUAUUUGCAGGAACUCUUCUGCAUCUGUGGUUGGACGCUUUUCUAUGGGUACAGGCAUGGUUCAUGCUAUUGUCGUGGAAGCUCUGGCGAUUAGAUUUGCUCUCAUUUGGGCUGAGGAUUUGGGUCUCUCUCAUAUUGUUGUUGAGAGCGAUAACUUGAUGUUGGUUAACAUCCUCAACCGUUCGUCCCUUGCUUGCCCUUGGCGGAUUUCCUCUAUCGUUGCAGACUGCUGGCUUCUCCAAGAACGUUUCUCCUCUGUGCUGUUUCGUCAUCCUCUUCAAGAAGGAAAUGUUGUAGCUGAUUUUCUCGCUUCGAGUGCGGCCACUCUUCAGUUGCCGGUUCUUUUAUUCACUUCCCCUCCCCCUUCCUUUUACCCCCUUUUGUUAGCGGAUUGUGCGUGA